UGUCUGCAAUUUUCGCUUGGGCCAAUGGAUGUUGCUGUAGUUUGACGUUUCUAUUUUAUUUAUUUAAUAAUUGUAAGGAGUAAAAACCAGUUAUUCUUGAAGUGGUGCGAGUUUGUGGUUUGAAAUUUACUCCGUUAUCCCUAUAAGCAGCACGAAAAUGGUGGUCCGAACUACAAUAAUAUGGAAAAAGAUCCCUUGAAAGGAAAUGCGUCGAUACCAAUGAGCUUCCCGUCAUCUUACCAAUCAGUUGGGGAUCAGAUUGUAAACGGGCAUCAAUUUCGUUCAGCUUCGUUGAGUUCAGACGAUGAUAUGAUUGACAUAACCACAACGGGAACUGUAACUGAGCACUCAAUCCAUAACGAUGAACAAGGCUCCGGGCAUUUAUCAUCCAUUAAGUACUCCAGUCAUCUAGGCGGAGGUGGUGUUAAGUUCAUAGGAUCAUCAGUUUCAGGCGAGACGGACGACAUCCCGGGCAUCGGCCAGUACGAUGACUUCCACACCAUCGACUGGCAGCGGGACAUCGCGCGCGACCGCAUGCGCCACCGCUACAUCGUCAAGAAGAAGCAGGACUCGGUGUGCGACCUCAUCAAGGGCGCGCACGACGCCUGGUCGGGCUGGCUGUGUGUGCUGCUGGUGGGGCUGUUCACGGGGGCGGUGGCCGGCGUCAUCGACAUCGGCGCCAGCUGGAUGUCCGACCUCAAGUUCGGCAUCUGCCCGCAGGCGUUCUGGCUCAACCGCGAGCAGUGCUGCUGGUCUUCCAACGAGACCACGUUCGACGACGGCAACUGCUCCCAGUGGUGGACUUGGUCAGAGGUGAUGGGCCAGACACGAGAAGGGGUCGGCGCUUACAUUAUUUCAUAUUUAAUUUACAUUGUGUGGGCGUUAGUGUUCGCAGCUUUGGCAGCUGCUCUCGUGAGAAUGUUUGCCCCGUACGCAUGCGGCUCUGGUAUUCCGGAGAUCAAAACAAUCUUGAGUGGUUUUAUCAUCCGUGGCUACCUGGGGAAGUGGACCCUCAUCAUAAAGUCAGUGGGCAUCAUGCUGGCUGUAUCCGCGGGCUUGAGUCUGGGGAAGGAAGGACCCAUGGUACACAUCGCUUGCUGUAUAGGCAAUAUUCUUUCCUACCUGUUCCCCAAGUACGGGAGGAACGAAGCUAAGAAGAGGGAGAUACUGUCUGCUGCUGCAGCCGCGGGUGUUUCCGUGGCUUUCGGCGCUCCAAUUGGCGGCGUUCUCUUCAGCUUGGAAGAAGUCAGCUACUAUUUUCCUCUGAAAACCCUCUGGCGGUCUUUCUUCUGCGCCCUGGUGGCGGCGUUCAUCUUGAGAUCCAUCAACCCGUUUGGCAACGAACAUUCUGUUCUGUUUUACGUGCAGUAUAACAAUCCGUGGAUUUUCUUCGAGCUUGUGCCCUUCGUUGGUCUGGGAAUCAUUGGGGGGGUGAUAGCAACGGUUUUCAUCAAAGCGAACCUGUACUGGUGCAGAUACCGCAAGGUAUCCAAGCUGGGCCAGUACCCGGUCACCGAGGUGCUGGUCGUGGCGGUGGUCACGGCCCUCGUGGCCUACCCGAACCCCUACACCCGCAUGAACACCAGCCAGCUCAUCUACUUGCUCUUCAGCCAGUGUGGCAUAUCCAACACCGACAGCCUCUGCGACUACAACCGCAACUUCACGGACGUGAAGUCCGCCAUCGAGAUAGCUGCGGCGGGCCCAGGGGUGUACAAGGCGGUCUGGCUGCUGGUGCUGGCCCUCAUCUUCAAGCUGGUCGCCACCAUCUUCACGUUCGGCUUCAAGGCCCCCUGCGGGCUGUUCAUCCCGAGCCUGUGCCUGGGCGCCAUCGUGGGGCGCAUCGUGGGCAUCGGCAUGGAGCAGCUGGCCUACAACUACCCCUACGUGUGGAUGUUCAGCGGGGAGUGCUCGGCCGGCAUCAACUGCAUCACGCCGGGGCUGUACGCCAUGGUGGGCGCCGCCGCCGUGCUGGGAGGCGUCACCCGCAUGACCGUGUCGCUGGUGGUGAUCAUGUUCGAGCUGACGGGCGGCGUGCGGUACAUCGUGCCGCUCAUGGCCGCCGCCAUGGCCAGCAAGUGGGUGGGCGACGCCCUCGGCCGCCAGGGCAUCUACGACGCCCACAUCGAGCUCAACGGCUACCCGUUCCUCGACAGCAAGGAGGAGUUCGCGCACACCUCGCUGGCAGCCGACGUCAUGCAGCCAAAGCAUAAUGAAUCUUUGAGUGUUUUAACUCAAGAUUCAAUGACAGUUGAUGAUGUGGAAACUCUACUUAAAGACACUGAGCACAACGGAUAUCCGGUGGUAGUGUCUCGAGAAUCUCAGUACUUGGUUGGAUUUGUUCUUCGUCGGGACUUGAAUCUGGCCAUAGGAAACGCGAGGCGUACGCUGGAGGGCAUCUGUGGGCAGUCACUGGUGCUCUUCACCAGCGGCACGCCCGUCCAGACGUCCGGCCCGCCGCCGCUCAAGCUCAAGAAGAUCCUGGACAUGGCGCCCAUCACCAUCACGGACCAGACGCCCAUGGAGACCGUCGUCGACAUGUUCCGCAAGCUGGGGCUUCGGCAGACGCUGGUCACGCACAAUGGGAGACUCCUCGGAGUGAUCACCAAGAAGGAUGUCUUGAGGCACAUCAAGCAGAUGGACAACGAGGAUCCAAACAGUGUUCUGUUCAAUUAAAUACACAGCUUGGGGGAAAAAAGCAACAUAUUUGUGUAUUUUUGACACACAAAAAAUGUGUCGGGACUGAUGAGAAGAUAUUAUUGAGCCUGUGUUCAGCAUUUCUCGUGGAGUGCGUACUGUAAAUGAGGCGUGAGUGGGGUGAAAGCUUGAUUUGAAUAGUCAUUACCCAGAAUUUACGUAAUUAUUUCAACUUUAAAAAAAAAAAAUGACAGUGUAUGCAUCUUAAAUAAUAUAUGAAAUGUAAAUUAUCUUAAUUACGUGUAUGUUUUAAGUGGUUUGUAAAUAGAAAUGCAUACAGGUAAUUCAGGUAGCUAUAAUUUGUUAUUGUUGCUUCCACAGUACUUGCAUACUCGAAUUUUAUUCCGUGUAGUAUAUAAGCAUAGCUACAUAUAUCUCUAUGUAGUUUAUAAAGAAAUUUAUCAUUAGUAGUUGGAAACAAUUGCAGUUUUCGUGUUUGUAACUGCUGAAUAGUGAUGGAAUGGAUGAUAACUGGUUGAAGAAAAUGAAACAUUGUAAAUUGCAAAUUUUAAAUUACUAUCAUUG